CUCGGUGUUGACAAGUGGAAGAGAAGAAGAAGAGGAUGAUACCACCGCGAUAUGUCAUAGCGACUCUCGCCGCUUUCUUCUUCAUCACCGUCCUACUCUGGUCAGGCGCCUCCCCCAGUGAUGCCUCCUCCCUCCUGCGCUCCUCGUCAAAACGAGUCGUCAUCACCGAAUCCAGCGGCGAAAAUACAGACGUGAUCGCACCCCUCCUCCAAUACCUCGGCGAGCACACAUCCGAUAUAACCCUCCACCUCUCCUCCGCCUCCCGUUUCGGACCAGAUUCAUACCUCCACUCACUUCUUCCGGAAACGGCGACGCUCACCAUUCGUCAGCCGAGUGAGUUUGCGUACACCUCUUCCGCCGCAGCUAAAGCACAGGGUGGGAGACCCGCGGAUGAGGAACCAUUGCCGGACACGCUCGUCCUCUCGACCUGCGAGAAAGACUUUACCACCUAUUCUUCCGUGUUGUCGGCGCUGACGGAUGAUAUCACUCGUCUCCCCCGCAACUUCAAACUGGUCUGCGUAGUCCACGACGCCAAUCUCUGGCGACACGCCUCCUCACCCCUAGCCAUGGCCCUGAAACCAUUCAUUGGAGCGCGAAGGGUGGAGAUGGUUACCCUCUCUCCGCACACGGCCGCGUUCCUCUCAAGCGUUGUGGAUGAGUGGGAGGCGGAGGAUGCGAAAGCGUUGGAGGCGGGUACGGGUACUGGUACUGGUACUGGUAAGGAGAAUAAGGGCAGUGCGGUGGGCGGGAUGUGGACGAGGCCGGGGAUUCAGUGGUGGGCACCCGUCUUCACACCACCAAUGAAGGGUGUGUCUGACGGCAACCAAGAAGGUCUCGACGCUACCCUCUCGAAGACGAAAAGGGACGCAGACGCUACCCCAAAAGUCCCCGCCCCACCCCUCCACAACCCACCCCACCCCCAGCCCCUCCACAACUCAUCCCUCGCCCUAAUCCUCCCGCCCAACAGUGUGGAUCUAUUGACCGAAUACCCCAUGCUCCACCACUUCCGUACAGCAUGGGAGGUAUUGGCGCAGGUUGGGGUACAGCUAACGCUGGAUAUCUACGAUCUGAGCAUGAACGUGAGGGAUGUCGCGAUCCCUGAUCAUUUCGUGCGGAAUGGGGUCAACUACACCAUUCAUCGGGGGUUGUCGGUGGCAGCGUUGAUGGAGGAAUUGUCGAAAGCGGACGGGAUCCUGGGACCAGGAAACGAAGAGUACUUUUCGCCUUCCGGCCUCGCACAUCCUUCAAUCCCCCUCGCAAUCUCGGCGGGCAUCCCACUAAUUCCCUCCCUUCCCCCCACCAGCACCUCCUCUGACCCCUUGCAACCCCUUCUCCAAUCCUACACCUACCUCAACACCAAGCCCAUCCCAUACUGGCUCCCCACUCCUCCCAACGAAAUCGAUUUCGCGCGUCGGAAGGAGCCGGGGCGGAAUUUGCUGGGUGAGAUGGGGCGGAAGAUGUAUUGGGGGGAGUGGGAGGAUGUUGGGAGGAGGGGGGGGAGGGUUGAGGGGGUUAGGGAGGGGUUGAGGCGGGUGGGGGGAGAGGUUUGGGGGAGGCUUUUGGGGAGGUGAUGGUAAUGAGGGGGGAGUUCGUUUUGGGAUGUUAUGGUUCAUACACAAAUAGGUAGCUAGAUGGAGCUGCAGCUCGGAAUUAUAAAAUGCUGAACGGGUC